AUGAUCCAAGGGUAUGAAAUCGUGUCUCAAGUAUUACUGUGCAGUCAGAAGUAUGAAAUCUCAAAUUCAUUCUACAUAUAUUGUCCAAACACUAUGUUCCAUUUUUUUAUAAAAUGUACACGAGCUGAGAGAUUCACUAUCACUUCCAAGUAUUAUUCUACUAGAGUUUCUCAGAUGGGAGUUAACGAGUCAAAAAAACAAACUGUGAGAAGCUUGUUUAGGCAACCAAUUUUUAAAUCGAUAUUUUUAACAAUAGUUUUCGGGUCUGCAGUGGUUGACUUUAUGAGAACAAGGAAAGAAUACGAGGCGAUGAAUCAGAUUUACGAAACAAAGUUUACUCUUUUGAAAGAUAUUAUUAAUGAUUUGAAAAGUGGCCGCAAACUUGACAUUAGCAAAGAAUUAAAUAUCGCUAACACACUAACUAAGUAUAAAUAUAAUACGGUAACCGACGUUGAGUUUGAUGAAAGCCUAAAUGCUUUUCUUGCUAGCUCGGGAGCAAACGACUCAGAUGAUUUCCAUUCAGUUGGCGACCGUGAUUUAAGGUAUGACAAUGAGAGAUCUGAUAAUGAACAAAAAUUUUUAUAG